UCACGUUGCAGAGACAUGCCCAUACAUUUAUAUCCCAUCAUCGAAGCGAAGACAUUUUGUAGUAGGAAGAAGAAUUUUAAGAAGAUAGAUUUUUCUGGCCAUAACCAGCAGACCACAGCGUUCAGGCAUCCUGUGAGUGGGCAGUUUUCUCCAGAAAAUAGUGAAUUUAUUCUUCAAGAAGAGCCAAAUCCACAUAUGUCGAAGCAAGAGAGAAACCAAAGACCAUCCAGCAUGGUCAGUGAAACAUCAACGGCUGGGACCACGUCCACCGUGGAGGCCAAGCCUGGCCCCAAGAUCUUAAAGUCCAGCAAUAAAGUGCACAGCUUUGGAAAGAGGGACCAGGCCAUUCGGAGGAACCCCAAUGUUCCGGUGGUGGUGAGGGGCUGGCUGCACAAGCAGGACAGUUCUGGGAUGAGGCUAUGGAAAAGGAGGUGGUUUGUGCUUGCUGAUUAUUGCUUAUUUUACUAUAAAGACAGCCGAGAAGAAGUGGUCCUUGGGAGCAUCCCUCUGCCCAGCUACGUGAUCUCGCCGGUGACCCCUGAGGACCGCAUCAGUCGCAAGUAUUCCUUUAAGGCCGUGCACACGGGCAUGCGAGCGCUCAUCUAUAACAGCUCCGCCGGGGGCUCUCAGGCCGAGCAGUCGGGCAUGAGGACCUACUACUUCAGCGCCGACACCCAGGAGGACAUGAACGCUUGGGUCAGGGCUAUGAACCAGGCUGCACAGGUGCUGUCUCGGUCAUCACUGAAGAGGGACGUGGAUAAAGUGGAGCGGCAGGCGGUCCCCCAGGCCAAUCACGCAGAGUCCUGUCGGGAGUGUGGCCGCGUGGGACCCGGGCACACGAGGGAUUGUCCGCAUCGCAGCCAUGAGGAGUCCUUUGGAUUCGAGAGGCGGGAGCAGGAGGAAGAUCGGUACCGCCCCCAGAGGGACCCACUGGAGGGCAAGCGGGACAGGAGCAAGUCCAGGUCCCCAUACUCGCCAGCUGAGGAAGAUGCCUUGUUCGUGGAUUUACCCAGUGGCCCGAGGGGCCAGCAGGCUCAGCCCCAGCGGGCGGAGAAGAACGGUGUGCUGCCUGCCACGUAUGGCCCGGGAGAGCAGAACGGGACUGGCGGGUACCAGCGAGCCUUUCCUCCCAGGACCAAUGCUGAAAAGCACAGUCAGAGGAAGAGCAGCCUGGCCCAGGUGGAGCAGUGGGCAAAGGCCCAGAAGGGGGACAGCAGGAGCCUGCCCUUGGACCAGACCCUUCCUCGCCAGGGUCCCAGCCAGCCCCUGUCCUUCCCAGAAAACUACCAGACUCUUCCCAAGAGCACCCGACACCCCUCAGGGAGCUCUUCGCCCCCUCCUCGCAAUCUGCCGAGUGACUACAAGUACGCGCAGGACCGAGCCAGCCACCUGAAGAUGUCGAGCGAGGAGCGCCGGGCACACCGCGAUGGCACUGUGUGGCAGCUCUAUGAGUGGCAGCAGCGCCAGCAGUUCCGCCACGGCAGCCCCACGGCACCCAUCGGUGCCGGCUCCCCGGAGUUCACUGACCAGGGCCGCAGCAGGAGCAUGUUAGAGGUGCCCCGCUCCAUCUCUGUGCCUCCAUCUCCCUCGGACAUCCCUCCCCCGGGACCCCCGAGGGUCUUCCCACCCCGGCGGCCACACACGCCAGCAGAGAGGGUCACUGUGAAGCCACCGGACCAGAGGAGGAGUGUGGACAUCUCGCUGGGGGGUUCUCCCAGGAAGGCAUGGGGCCACACCACUAAGAACUCCUCUCACGUGGACCGACGCUCCAUGCCCUCCAUGGGUUACAUGACCCACACUGUCAGCGCUCCCAGUUUACAUGGAAAAUCGCUGGAGGAGCUCUCACUGCUUCUCACCCGGUUACGGCGGCACCAGGCCAAGCUGGCCAGUGUGCGAAAUUUCGCCAUCGGCCAGUUGCUGCAGCACCAGCUGACCUUCCCCACCUGCCAGGCUGACGAUACCUACCUCCAGCUGAAGAAAGACCUGGAGUACCUGGACCUAAAGAUAAAAAAUAAUGAACCUUUGAUCAACGUGCUUUACAAAGUGCUGAAGAAGUCAGCACGGGGCUGUCGGCCCAGGAGAAGCAUGACAGGCCGGGAUCUUCUCAAGGACCGAAGUCUGAAGCCGGUGAAGAUUGCCGAGAGUGACAUUGAUGUCAAACUGAGUGUCUUCUGUGAACAAGACAGGAUCCUGCAGGACUUAGAAGACAAGAUACGAGCCCUCAAGGAGAACAAAGAUCAGCUAGAAUCCGUGCUGGAGGUCUUGCACAGACAGAUGGAACAGUACCGAGACCAGCCCCAGCACCUGGAGAAGAUUGCCUACCAGCAGAGGCUGCUGCAGGAGGACCUUGUCCACAUCCGGGCAGAGCUCUCCAGAGAGUCCACUGAGAUGGAAAACGCCUGGAAUGAAUACCUGAAGCUGGAGGGAGAUGUGGAGCAGCUGAAACAGACGCUGCAGGAGCAACACAGAAGAGCCUUUUUUUUCCAGGAGAAAUCGCAGAUACAGAAAGAUCUCUGGAGGAUUGAAGAUGUCAUUGCAGGCCUGAGUGCAAAUAAAGAGAACUUUAGAAUCCUGGUGGAAUCGGUCAAAAAUCCGGAGAGAAAAACGGUGCCUUUGCUUCCUCACCCGCCUGUGCCUUCACUCUCGACUUCUGAGAGCAAGCAGCCCCCACAGCCCAGCCCUCCCACCAGCCCAGUGCGGACCCCUCUGGAGGUUCGGCUGUUCCCCCAGCUGCAAACUUACGUGCCGUACCGACCUCACCCACCCCAGCUGAGGAAGGUGACGUCCCCCCUGCACUCACCAACCAAGAUGAAGCCCAAAGUUGAUGACGAGGCUCCUCCCAGGCCCCCACUGCCUGAGCUCUACAGCCCGGAGGACCAGCCCCCGGCCGUGCCCCCUCUGCCGAGGGAGGCCACCAUCAUCCGGCAUACUUCAGUGAGGGGCCUCAAGCGGCAGUCAGACGAGAGGAAGCGAGACCGGGAGCAGGGGCAGUGUGUGAACGGGGACUCGAGGGUGGAGCUGCGGUCAUAUGUCAGUGAGCCUGAGCUGGCGACCUUCAGUGGGGACAUGGCCUCGCCCUCCCUGGGACUCGUGGGCCCCGAGAGCAGGUACCAGACGCUGCCAGGCAGAGGGCUCUCAGGGUCCACGUCGAGGCUCCAGCAGUCGUCCACCAUUGCUCCCUACGUCACACUCCGGAGGGGCCUAGAUGCCGAAAGCAGCAAGGUGACCUACCCUAGACCCAAGAGUGCCUUGGAGCGCCUGUACUCAGGGGACCACCAGCGGGGCAAGAUGAGUGCGGAGGAGCAGCUCGAGCGCAUGAAGAGGCACCAGAAGGCGCUGGUCCGGGAGCGCAAGAGGACGCUGAGCCAAGGAGAGAGGGCAGGGCUGCCCUCGUCCCGCUACCUCAGCCACCCGCUCCCCGGAGACCUCGGCUCAUGGAAGCGCGAGCAGGACUUUGACCUGCAGCUGCUGGAACGGGCCGUACAAGGGGAAAGAAAGGACCAAGAGGAGAAUGGCUGGCUGAAGGUGCAGGCCAUGCCUGUCACUGAGUUGGACCUGGAACCACAAGACUAUGACUUGGACAUCAGCAGAGAGCUCUCCAAACCAGAGAAGGUCUCCAUCCCUGAGCGUUAUGUGGAGCUGGAUCCUGAAGAGCCACCCAGCCUGGAGGAGCUGCAGGCACGGUACCGCAAAGCUGAGAAGAUCCGCAACAUCCUCGCCCGGUCCAGCAUGUGCAACCUGCAGCCGCCCUCUGGGCAGGACCGGAGCAGCGUGGCCGACGUGGACACGCAGCUGCAGGAGCAGGAGCGCAUCAUCACCAUCUCCUACGCCCUGGCCUCCGAGGCCUCCCAGCGCAGCAAGCAGGUGGCAGCCCAGGCAGUGACUGACCCGUGACCGAACAUACAGAGAAGCCUGGAGCCAGGGGCCAGUGGAACCAGUUUCCUCCGAGAAGAUUGAUCCUUCUUCCUCCAGAGAAGCCCCUUCCAGCCAAGCAGGGGUUCCGGCUGGAGGACGGAGCAGCCCACUGACUGUGGGGCAUUCACCACAGGGCUAGGUCCUAAUACCCCCACUUGUUUUAGUUCAGACUCCUUUUUACAUGUGACAGAGGCACUUUUGAUACACAUUGUAAAAUACUGACAUUGUAUUUUAGAAUCAGAAUAUAUUUUAUAAUGUUCACCUCAAGGGCUGAGUGGCUGAGAAGGUGAGGAUGCAAGAUUUUGGAGCUGCACAUACAGAUUCAGGUACCGUCCGGGUGGAGGGUGUGGGUGGGGGGACAAGGGCGGGGGAACAGGUGCGUCCAACGUCUGAUGAACUCAGGUGAGGUUGGAUUGGUUGCUUCCAGUGGAUUCCAGUGUUAGGCUCGUUGGCGUGCUGUCUGGGGCAGAGAUCAGCCAUCCCUGACCUGCCUAAUGACCAGCUCUGGAGGGCGAAACUCCACCAAGGUGGCACGUGGAGCCCAAAGCUGUGUCUCAGCCUUGGGUCUGAUUUAGGGCCAACGGUGUAUCCAUAAACUUUGGUUCCCAACCUACCCAUGAGGUUCUCUCUCAGCAAAGGGCUCUUCUCCCCCGCCCCCCACCCCAAAUAAGCAGUUCGCUUUAAUUAAAAAAAUAUGCUUUGAAAUACAGAAAAGGUGAGAGGAAGCACCUUUGAUUGUAUCAUAAGCAAUAAUGGCCACCCUGGGUGGCAUCUACCUACAACUCCCCGAGUCCACACUGGGCUGUGAUAGGAACCCUGGGACCUUGGCGGCCUGCCCUGGAGAACACAGGUCAACUUCCCCAGGACUUGGGUCAGGUGGCAGGAGGGCAGGCGGCAUGCCCCCACCAUCCCUGAUGGCCAGCAGCCAGUAGGGCCAUGAUGGCAGGACCGUGACCUGACUUCCAGCCUAAAAUGGGGAGGGGACUGCCAAGCCAGGCGUAGUGUUUGUGGCCCUUUAUAUAAGUCAUGAGCUCAUGAUAUUCUGCAUACAGAAAAGGAGGUUGAAAAGGAAAACAAAAAAAAAACUCCAUUGGGUGGAGCCACACUUUAAGUGAAAAUUUGUCUUUGACUAUGGUCAGAAAAAUAAUCUUGAAUAUAUUUAGAAAUUGCCGUCUAUUUUUAACUAACUCCAUAUGCUGCCAGUAUCGACUUCAUGACAUUUGCCAAAAUAAGAUUUUAUUUUUGCCUUUAUAAGAUUUUGUUGGAAAAAUGAAAUGAAUAUUUUGCAGGAAAAAGUUAAUUUAAAUAAAAGUGUAAUGGUUUGCAAAAAAGAAAUGUGAUGUACAGAUUAAAGUAUUAACCUGAUAUGCUUCUUGCUGGCUA